AGUAACGUGGGUGUGAUGUCACUGGGGAGCGCCGAACUCUAGUUUCCAAAGUUUUUAUGUGGAGCUAUGGAGAGCUGAUGGACAAAAGCGAGUGUCUGUGUAAUUAGCCGCGUAGAUAACAGAUGGAUGACAUCAACGUACUACACCACAGAUGCCUCCUGAAUUUGAGGCGUCGAAUCCAAGACAUUAGGGAUGGACGCCCGGCGCAGGAACGAUACAUGAGGUUGCUGAAGGACGGAGACACGCUCAGUUACCAAGGGAACUCUGAAGAAGUGGGUUGCUAUGUGGCUGGCCAUCCUUUAUCAAAGGGAAACUGCUACUUUGAGGUGACAAUAGUGGACACAGGGGUGAGGGGGACCAUUGCUGUGGGCCUGGUGCCUAAAUUCUACAGGCUGGACCACCAGCCUGGCUGGCUGCCAUACUCUGUAGCUUACCACGCUGACAACGGCAAGUUAUAUAAUGGUAACCCUGUGGGGCAACAAUUUGGGCCAAAAUGUGCUCGCGGUGACCGCAUUGGCUGUGGAAUACACUCAGAAAAUAUCGAAGCAGGUUUUACAACAGUCUUUUUCACCAAAAAUGGCAAAGAGGUAGGUUCAGUGGAGGUUCCUGUGUCUGCGGAGGGGCUGUUCCCCGCCGUAGGAAUGCACUCCAUGGGGGAGGAAGUGAAGGUUGACCUGCAGGCUGAGUGGUUCCUGGAAGAGGAUGAUAGUAUGAUGAUGGUGGACAGCCAUGAAGAUGACUGGGGACGGCUUUAUGACGUCAGGGUGUGCGGCACGCUCUUGGAGUAUGUUGGCGAAGGAAAGAGCAUCAUGGACGUGGGUUUGGCCCAGGCCCGCCAGCCACUCACCACCCGCUGCCACUACUAUGAAGUGGAGAUCGUAGAUGCUGGAGAGAAGUGCUAUAUCGCUCUGGGCCUGGCAAGAAGGGACUACCCCAGGAACAGACACCCGGGAUGGAGCCGAGGUUCAGUGGCCUACCACGCAGAUGACGGGAAGAUCUUCCACGGCAGCGGGGUCGGGGACGCUUUCGGUCCUCGUUGCUUCAAAGGUGACAUCAUGGGCUGCGGCAUCAUGUUUCCACGAGACUACAUCCUGGACGGAGAAGGUGAUAUGGACGACUGGGAUCGGCGGCUGGAGGUCCGUCCGGGUCAGGCAGGCGUCCAGAACUUAUUUUACCUCAACGACGAAGAGGAGGAAGAGGAAGAUGGGGAAGAGGUAGAGCGGGGAGAGGAAGGCAGGAAGGUCACGGUGUUCUUCACGAGGAACGGGAAGCUAAUGGGCCGCAGGGAGAUGGCGGUACCUCCCGGGGGUCUCUACCCCACCGUGGGGAUGCUGAGCAGCGGGGAGAAGGUCAAAGUGGAUUUGCAUCCCCUCAGCGGAUGAGCCGAGAGUACCCCGGACCCCGGACUCGUUACGCCCCCUGCGAACAGCUGGCUGCACUGUAGAGCUCACCCACGGUAGCCUAGCAUGCUGCUAACAGCCCCACUUGCCAGAAAACACAGCAGCUGCGGUUCUGUAAUGCACGUCGCCUCGUCAUCUUCCUCAACACUGCCCCGGCUUUUAUUUAUAAGACUCGUACAUUUCACCGUCAUCACAGCAACACGACCGGGAUCGUCCUCCUGGUUGCACGGUAGCAGAGAGGAGGUUACAGCGUGCAAGGUGCGGGCGUAGAAGGCUGAACCUAGAAGCUAAAAAAAAACUCCUCGGAGAUAUUUAACUGUUAAUUCUAUGCAAUCUGUACUGCUAUCAUCCAACCUCUUUUUUUUUUUUUUUUUUUUUUUUUUCUCAGCUGUGUAACGCAUGCAGUGUGUCUCUGAAACACUGAGCUGUUAAAUCCCUCUCAUGAGGUCUGGCACACUUAGUUUAUUUCAUUUGUCACGACCCCAAGCAAAGCAGAGCGAGGCCAACAGUUGUGCCGAGUCAGAGCUCGUUGGCAGUUUAUGUUUCAGGGAACUGACCCUCUCUCUCUCUCUCUCUUUCUCUCUCUCUUUCUCUCUUUCCCUCUGUCUCUCUUUCUCGACCUCCCUCUCCCUGUCCUCUCUCUGGGAGAGGCUGCCCUCCUGUGAGCGAUCAGGGACUUGCUGUUGCCCCACCUCACACUGCUCUCCUGGAGCUGCCUGGAAGCGAACAGUGGAUUUGUUUCGACAUUUUCAGAAAUGCAUCCAUGAUUACUGUUAGAGGGUUGUUACAGGUUUGGUAAUCGCAACCAAACAGAAGAUGUUGUUUCCUGGAAAAGUGGAUGAAUAGAUCAGCAAGUUUUCUAGUUUUUUCGUGUCGGAGCCAGAUUACAAAUGAGAACUUGUCAGGUAUAUUUUCUACAAGGGGAAUCUGGUGAAUACACGUUUAAAUUUCUAUUCUACGUCAAAAAAAAAAAAAAAAGUUCAGGGAAUGUAUUUUGUUUUUGUACUCAGCACUUUGAGAACACGAGGGAGGCUGGGGGUAGACGUGUAGGGAAGACAUGCUUACAGUGGGUGGACAAAAUAACAGAAACACCUCCCGAUAUAAUGCAGUCCGAUGCAACACCAGCCAUAAAAAUAUAUAUAUA